AAGUUGGCUGUUUUCCCUCUUAUACGUUGCUCGCUCGGGUGGGAUCAUCCGAUUCAUGUUAUUAUAGGCUAUAUACCAUAAAUGGUAGGGGCCACCAGAUGUACAGCCUGGAUCCUGCACACGUGUAACACACGUACGGAAACAAGAGUGCUUUAAGAUCAAUAGCACCAAAAUCGUUCCCAUUAGAAAUCCCAUAUAGUCAAAGUCAACCCAUCGCUCUAGCAGUUUGGAGAAACCCCUCUCUGUGUCUCCCCCCCCUCCCCCCCUCUCUUUCACCCUAAAAAAACAUGAUGCAGGGAAAGCUGUUGCUCCUACUCUUCAUAGCAGCAGCAGCAGCAGCAGCAGCUGAAGAAGAUCUACUCCAAAAUGCUGACUUCGAAUCACCACCGUUGAAUGUAACGGCAAACUCCACGACACCAUUCGUGCUCUUGACACAAACCAACACCAUACCUGGCUGGACCUUUAACGGGACGGUCCAGUAUGUUACAGCGGGCCCCAACAUGUCAUUGCCAGGAAAUGGCCACGCCAUACAGCUGGGCACUGAUGGGAAAAUAAACCAGACCUUUAGAGCUAAUGGAACAGCGAUGGAUUAUGUACUUACCUUCUCGCUCGCUGCAGGAGGCGAAAACUGUUCUACGUCUACCACCGUGAAUGUGUCUGUUCCAGGUAGAUCAUCACUGGUUGCACUGGAACAGCGGUAUGGAAGUGAGGAGUGGGAGAGCCAUGCUUGCUACUUGGGGAGGUGGGGCGCCAACAGCGGACCAAUCAACCUCAACCUUCGUAGCCAACCGAGUGAAACAGAUCCCAAUAUCACAUGUGGGCCCGUGGUUGACACGUUUAUUCUCAAGGCGAUCGGGAUGCCAGUUGAAAUCCAAGACAACUUGCUGAUAAAUGGUGGAUUCGAGGUGGGGCCUGCUUUUGUGACUAACUCCACUGAGGGCAUUCUACUGGAAGAAGAAAUAGAUUUCACUCAAUCUGCAUUACAACAGUGGUCUGUGAUGGGAAUAGUGAAAUAUAUAGACUCCAAACACUUCUUAGUCCCACAAGGCAACGCUGCAAUCGAGAUCGUCUCAGGCGAUAUCUCUGGGGUCAGAACAACAGUGGCACUCAAGAAGGGUUCUACCUACAACUUGGAGUUUGUGAUGGGUGACACCAACAAUUCAUGCACAGGCAAUUUCAUAGUAGGAGCCCAAGGAGGCCCAUCUGCUCAAAACUUCACAUUACAAAGCAAUGGCAUGGGCACUACCCAAAAAUUCUCUAUGGUGUUCAAAGCAGAUUCAAAUCCAACUCCUAUCAGUUUCACUAGUUUCACUCAGGGGCAGACAAAGGAUUUCGCAUUCUGCGGCCCUGUGAUUGAUGAUGUGGUUCUUCGCGCUGCUUCAUGUGGAUUGAAAUCCGCUGUAAAGAGUGGGGUUCUGUUUUCUUGUAUUGUUUUCAUUGUGAGUGCCCUGAAUAUACUUGGGUGAAGCAACUGUUUGUUGCAAUAAUAAUUCAGCUGCCAGUGAGGUAUUGUUCUAA